GAUCUUUAAACAUUGGCAGAAGGAUGUCACGGAAGAGUUCUCGAGAAGCUAAGAAAGUUAACGUCUCCAGUUCCUUGGAAUCUGAAGAUAUUAGUUUGGAGACUACAGUACCAACUGAUGAUAUUUCCUCCUCAGAAGAACGGGAAGGUACCAUCAAAAUUACUAGACAGCUGAUAGAGCGGAAGGAGCUGCUUCAUAAUCUCCAAUUGCUGAAAAUAGAGCUUUCCCAGAAGAACUUGAUGUUGGACAACCUGAAAGUAGAGUACUUGACAAAAAUUGAAGAACUAGAAGAAAGACUUAAUGAUGCUCUCCAUGAAAAACAGCUGCUAUCUUUACGACUAGAUAAUCAGCUGGCAUUACAGCAAGAAGAUGCUCGAAAACAUCAGGAGUUAAUGAAACAGGAAAUGGAAACCAUCUUGUUGCGCCAGAAGCAAUUAGAGGAGACUAAUCAUCAGUUAAGAGAGCGGGCAGGAGAUAUUCGUCGCAACUUGCGUGACCUUGAAUUGACUGAAGAAUGCUAUGCCAAACUCAAAUCUCUUCCCGAGGAAGAACUUUCACUUCCUGAAUAUGUGUCUACUAGAUUCUAUGAAGUAGUGCAUCCCUUAAAAAAAGAUCUAAGUGAGCUGCAGGUGAAAAAGGAGCUGCUCUCUGAAGAACUUAACGAUUGCAAAUCUCAGCUGAAACAUCUGAUGGAGAGUUAUGAAACUGAGAGAAGAAACCGGUCAGAGCUAGAUGUUAGAUGUCAACGUUUAACACUUGAACUAGCAGAUACAAAACAAAUGGUUCAUCAAGGUGACUACAGACAAGAGAAUUACGAUAAAGUAAAAUGCGAGCGGGAUGCAUUUGAACAUGAGUUGUCGGAACUCCGAAGAAAAUACGAAAUACUCGACGUGUCUCACACAGCACUAACUAAAGAAAGAAACGAUUUAUCAAAAGAGGUUGCAACUUCACAGCAAUCUCUUACCUUGCUACAAAAGGAUAAAGAUUAUCUCAAUCGUCAAAAUAUGGAGCUCAGUGUUCGUUGUGCUCAUGAAGAAGAUCGUCUUGAAAGGCUUCAGGUCCAGCUAGAAGAUGCCAAAAAAACCAGAGAAGAAAUGUAUGAGAAAUAUGUGACAUCCAGAGACCAUUAUAAAACAGAAUAUGAAAACAAAUUGCAUGAUGAGCUGGAACAAAUAAGACUCAAAACAGCCCAAGAGAUAGAACAUCUUCGAACAGCUACAAAGGAAAUGUAUGAACGUGAAAACAGAAACUUGAGAGAAGCAAGAGAUAAUGCUGUGACUGAAAAAGAGAGAGCUGUUGCAAGUGGAAAAGAUGCCUUUGCAAAAUAUGAGCAGCUUUUAGAACAAUACAGGCAGCUGCAGCUCAGCACAGAAAGCAAAGUGACUGAACUUCUCCAUCAGAAUAAAUUGAAGGCCUUUGAAAGUGAACGCAUGCAACUCGUGCAAGAGGAAACCUCUAAGAAUCUUUCGCAGUGUCAGCUGGAGUGUGAAAAAUACCAACGAAAACUGGAAGUCUUAACCAAAGAAUUUUAUAAUCUUGAAGCAGUCAAUAAGAAACAGAUUUUAGAACUUCAGUCACAAAAUUCUGACUACCAGGCAAGGCUCAACACAUAUGAAAAAAUGGAAAAAGAGCUGGAUGAGAUAAUAAUGCAAACUGCAGAACUGGAAGAUGAAGAUGAAGCAGAGCGAGUUCUGUUCUCCUAUGGAUAUGGAGCUAAUGUUCCUACUACAGCCAAAAGACGGCUGAAACAAAGUGUUCAUUUGGCAAGAAGGCUGCUGCAGCUUGAGAAGCAGAACUCGUUGCUCACAAAAGAUCUGGAGCAUCAGAAGGAACAAGUUGCCCAGAUUUCAGAAGAGCUGGGCAGAGCAAAUUCCUUGUUGAAUCAGGUCCAGCAACCUUAUAGAUACCUGAUUGAAUCUGUACAACAGAGAGAUUCUCAGAUACUUUUGCAUAAAGAACAUAUUGCGCAACUCGAGAAGGAUGUUGGCCUUUUAAAUAAAGAAAAGACAGCUUUGCUGCGUGUCAAGAAUCAAAUGGCAACAGAUUUAGAAAGACUUCUAAAUCACCGUGAGGAACUUGCUGCGAUGAAGCAGAUGUUGAUUAAUCUUCAUGGUCAACCCCAUGGAGACAAUUUACCUCAGAAAAGGGUUAAAAAUCAGCCCGCAAAAGCUCGUUCAGGUUCAUCGGUCAAUUUGCCUUUAGAGCGGGAGGCAGAAAAUGUGUUUGUGCCUAAACCAACAUUGUUUACAAACGAAGCACCACCACCAUGGUCCAAGAAGGAGAAGCAGAAAAAAACACAGUAGUUCAGUUACUCAAACAAGUUAGCGUUGGUUGUAAUCAUGUCAUGAACACUUUUUAACUAAAUACUUAAACAGCAUUGAUGUCUGAUUUUGUCAUUUUACUGUCCUUGAUGUAAACGGCAUUAACUGCUGGAAAAUAAAGCCAUAAAUAAA